UAAUUUUAUUUUAUAUUGUAGAUAAAAAAUAUAAAAAUUCACGCAGAUUAUGUUUUAUGUCGUAUAUAUUUUUAUUUUCUGCACGGUUCAAAAUUGUGAUACUAACAUGGUUAGCUCGUCCUUUUCUCCACUAAUAAUGAACGCAGCCAUCAUCAUGCGAUUGUGUUUCAAUCAGUACGUAGUUUAAAUUUUAUAAUUUAUACAAAAUUCUUAUAAAAUAAUUUUGUUUGUUAAUCAAAUAAUUAUGCUGAAUGCUCAAACUGAAUAUUAGAAUAUCAAAACUUUUUGCAGAAUUGUUCAUUAUACUUGAACUUGAUCCUUCAACAAAAAAUUAUUUUCAGAUUUAUAUCCAGCGAAAUUUUUAGACAAUAAUUAAACAAAACUAUUCAUAGUAGCCCAAGAUCCUUUUACCGAUAAGCCCUUUCGCUUAUGUUUUGAUAAUUUUCGAACAUCUACAUCAAAAUAGUAGAAAAUAUUUGAUAUAUUCUUUGUUUUUCAAUCUGUAAGAAUUCAUGUAUUGUUCAAAAAUAUGAUAACAAUGUGACUAGCCAAUCGACCUUCCCAUUUACUCGAUCAAUAAUAUGUUGUUCUGCAUGCCCACCAGUUGCUUUCGUACUUUCGAACCGUGUCGUUCGCAACUUUCGACGAUAAUUUUCUGUCGUUGAAAAUCGAGAUUCUUUUCUUAACGAAUGUCUUAUAUCGCGAAUGACAAAGAUUCGAGGAACAAAACGCAUGGCUAACAAAAGUGUAUUAUUCUUUCGUUUAGAAAAUGCGAAUGUCUUGACUGCGAUUAUUACAUGUAAACAACAUAUGAUUUGCUGAUGAGAAUAUCCCGACCUUUUGGAACUUAAUUAUAUUUAUCAGCAAAAUACCGAAGUCCUUCUGUGAAUUUGUGUCUCGUGAAUUUUCUGUUCAUGCACGUUUAACGAUUAAUUGCAGCUUAAAUUUCUUAACACGAACAUUAUUCAGUCGGAUUAGCAAUCAUGAAGCGAAUAAAAAUUUUAAAUAAAUAUUAUACCAAUCUUGAUUAUGAUAAAAGUGACAAAAAAAAAACAUUGACUGCAAUAUAUAAUCUAUCUCAGACGGUAAAAUUUAACGCAGACAUUGAUAUAUAUGUGAGAUUGUUGCAAAUGGAAAAAAUGAUACGUGACAAUUUCUCGCUUUUUGCAUCCGUUUUUAAACACAUAGAUAUAUUUUAUACUAUUGUAGACUACGUAAUUAUUUACACAGCUGAAUAUAAUACUAUUGAAACUCGCAUAGCUAAAAUGGGAGAUAAGGGAAACUUAUUUCACAAUUUAAUGAUUACACUCUUCACUGUAUGUAGAGACUUAGAGAUGCAAUUGUUUUUUUCAAAUUAUCUUCUGUCAUAUGAACCACACGUGAUUUUUAAACACUGUGAAGCAUACGCUCUUUACAUACAAUAUCAAGAGAGUGAAAUGAUAAUUCUAAAGGAUUCGGACUUGUAUGCAGUUGUUAAUUAUUUAAUAAUAACAUCAGAUCAUCGUCUACAUAAAAUAUGGGUGCAAGAACAAGUAAAGGAGAAAUUUUUAUGGCUGAUAGAGAGAUAUCAUUUUUCAACCUCAAAUAUAUCUAUUGAUACAUUUUAUUCAUUGAAAGAUAUUCAACUCAAUGUAUCUCGAAGACGUGUUAUGAAAAUAUUAUCCAUAUGGUCAGAAGAUAUUGUACUUGCAAAGAAUUUGGCAUUAUCUUUAAAUGGUCAUGUAGUAUUCUUAAAUUCUUAUAUGGAUUUCCGUGAUGGUAUCGUGAGUUUGUGUUACAUGGACUUAUUUGAUUACAUAAUGUUUCAAUCCAACAUAAUUUCAAUUUCCCUAAAUAAGUUUCCUGAUGUAGAAGAAAGUGUAAAUGAGAUACGUUUAUCACGAAAUGAUGAAAAAAACUCUACUUUAAUUUGUAAAUUAUUUUAUGAUGGGACAUGGCAAAAACCUAAGAAGCGCUUAUAUUGGAAGCACAAUGACAAUUUAUGGCCAAAUGCAACAAACUACGAUAUUUUACAAUGCUAUGAGUCAGCCGAGAAAGGUUUCAACACUUGGAGUAUUAAACCUAUUAAAACUAGAACAGAAAUAUUAUCCAAGUUUGUGUCCAUAUUAAAAGAUAAUGGCAAACUUGGAUUGGCAGCUAUAGUAGAAAGGUGCUUAAAUUUCCGAUAUCUCUGUAAUGAAAGUAUAUUGGGAUUUUCUAAUUCAACGGCAGAAGUAAUACAUACUCGUAAGCCAUUAGGUAUCAUCAUUCUUAGGGAGAAAAAUGAAAACAUUUUCUUUUUUCGAUUAAUACAAACUUUAAUUUCUGGCAACUCUGUUAUUGUAAUAUUCGAUCGAAAUUUCUAUAAUCUGGCCCCAUACUGUGACGUGUUUUUAACAUGUGGAGUACCUCCAGGUGUUAUAAAUUUGUUGUCACAUGAAGACUCAAAUAUGUUGGAAACGAGAUUAUGCUCACCGUACACUAUAGAUUAUGUUAGUAGAUAUUUUUUGAAAGGUAACUCAAUAGAAACAUAUAUUUCACAAUAUAAAAAACUUACUUUACCUAAAGAAAUUAUUCUCUAUGUUGCAUAAUUUUGAUAAUAUUUAGCAUUAGUGUUUUUUGUUAGCUGCAUGUAUACAGUAAAUAUCUUGAUACAUUUACUGUAAUAUUAUAAUUUCAGAAAAGUAAUUUGACGUUAAAUCAACUAUUUGAAAUAAAAUUGAUAAAAAAUCAUAUUCUUAUUUAUAUGUUUGUGUGUAUAUUUAUAUAUAUAUAUAUAUUGUACACACUUAUAUAUUAUAUUG